UCAUCAAAGAGUGUCGAAUGUAUAGCCGGCGCGGUGCUUAUAUUAAACUACGGUAAGGUGCUGUAUUAAGAACUGUGUUAUUUCUUGUUUCCAACAGUAAGAAAUAAUAAUAAGUGAUCAAAAUGACACAAUAUGAGAGUUUUGUUUUCCCAAAUAUCCCACCCGAGAUCAAUGAGCAUUUGAAUCAAACCAAUAAUCGGUUGGUUAUAGUUGGAGUUAUUGGAAAGUCCUCAUUCCCAGACGGCAAUAAAAUGGCUGGCUUACGAGUACUUAACACAUAUCCUUCCCUUUUGAAGAAUGAAUGUCAAGAGGGGCGCAUAACGUUUUACUUAAAUAAAUCUGAGCCAAUACUCUUUCUUCAUUUUGAAACAACAUACGACAACUACUGUAUGGAAAAGUUGCUGGGAGACGUAGUAAAACGUGAUGAUUUGAACCAAUUUAUGAGUUUCAACAGCUUCAUAAGAGCUCAAUUCGCUAGAGUUUUACUUUUCGCUACACAAAUUUGUCAUAUUAUAAUUCUCGUGGAAACAAGUACCGUAUUUGAUGUUUCAUAUUUGUCGCUGUUCAAAUCAUUGAAAACAGUGAGGGAAAAACAUGUGCUCCGAUUUUUACCUAAGUUUGUGAAAAAUUCACCUGCCGGGUCUUUCUUGGGAAAGGAUGCACGUCUUUGCUCUCCAAGAUUUUUAUUUUUCUUUGAAAAGUGUCCACAGGAGUUCGAAAAUAAUGAUGAAGCAUUAUCUAAACUUGAGUUUGAAGUGGAAGAUAACAUCUAUAAAAUGUUACGAAACGAGUUUAUAAUUACAAACAACAGCUCAAUGUCACUAUUCUCUAUCCCAGGAAACAAACGAUUUGUGUUUUUCAAUAAUGACAAAACCAUCCGAGAGGAUCCGUUAUUAAAAUUUGCAGAAAUGUUGAGUAAUUCCAUGGAGAAAUCGAGCAUAAAAGGAGACUCAGGCGAUGAACUUGAUGAUUUAAGACCAUAUAAGGGUUUCGGGAAACCUUUGCGUUAUUAUAAAAAUUCAGCGGAUGAUACGAGCAUCCCCACGAAAAAGCGGAAUUUCUUCGACCUAUUGAAGGAACAUGUCCAAGAGGCUCUUCAGAGUGGCUUUGACGAUAGUAUGUCCAAGUUUAAGGGGAAAAGUCAUUUUCGCAUUCCAAAAGUAAAGGCAUGGUAUGAAACUUUCAAGUUGCUGCAUAAAAUAUUCAUCGAAAACCCAGAUAAUCCAAAUUUCGAAGCAAACGAUCCGGAUUAUAAAGCUUAUUUGGAAAAUUUUCAUAAAAUUAUGGAUAUAGACGAAGAGUUUUUCGCAAAAUGUUGUGAGACGGGAUUGAAGAAGGCUGUCUCAUUUUACAAUAAUCCGGUGAUGACGCAUUACGGAACAGCAUUUCAUAAGACCUUGGUUGAUGAAGCAGUGAAGUUAUACAUGAAGUUUGCGCGUGGACCGCAAACUUCAAUAAACGAAAAAAAACUGCGUGAGAAAUGUGAUCAAAUUUGGAAGAAUGGGAAACAGCAGUGUGAAUUUCUGAGUUUACGGGGAAAUGCAUGUGUGAAACCAAAGCAUGGACUUACUGAUCCAACGGAGCAUAAUAGUGGAGCAUUUUUUGUGUCUACGUGUAACUGCGGAAGAACUCAGGGGCGGCGAGAGGAUCCAUAUACGAUUCGUCAAGCCAAUUACGACUUUUAUCAAAUUCUCGCAAAUAAUUGCACGUCUUGCAAUAAACUGGAAAAGAUACACUUUCCCGUGUUUGAGCCGUCAAUCAAUGAUUACCGAGCUGCAGAGGUUGAUACGAAUUUUCCGAAGUUAUUCUUAGCGGGUACAGAAUGCUUUGAAGAGGGUACCUCAGACAACUCAUUACCGUUGACAGCAUCACAAGGAUCUCAUACAAACUUGAGUUUGGAGUCAAUGGACAAUUUGAAUAAAAUCAAUUGUGAUAGCUCGGAUGAUUCGUUAAACGAAUUAGUGGUUAAAGUCGGUGAUAGUUUAGGAGAGAAUGAAAGAGGAAUCUUGCGACAACCUUCUACAACAGAAUACCUUCCUGGUAUGGUUCACACUGAAAGCCCGAAAGGACUACUUCCUCAGUUUCCAAGUUGGUCACUAGUUUGUGUAGGUCCGAGUUCUGUUUACAGUCAUAAUACGGGGUUGCUUGAACAUUUUCAAAGUGGCUUCUUAUCAGGUGCUAAUUUUCUGCUGCCAUGGGAUGUUCAUGUAAGGUUGGAACAUUCUGCAUCAUGGGCUGCAGCAUAUCCGAAAGCGCGGGGCUCCAAGAAAGGUCAAGUGUUCACAUUAAAGAUUUUUGUUGGUUGUGAAUAUGAAUGUCCAAGAGGCCAUCGUUUCAUAAUGAGCUCUCCCGACAAAGUAUUACGUGGCGGGGCCGGAAUAAUACGUGACAGUGGGAGUAAAAUAGUGUAUAAUGAUAUGCCAUUAUAUUUUCCGUGUCCUUGCCGAACUAAUCAAAUGAUGGUAGCACAAUUAAUGCGGGUACAUAUUGUGACACCAAAGGCUCCUGUAAACGUGAUAUUGGAUCCGAAGGUAAGGGUCGGAAAUAGGAGUUACAUAUUCACAAUGGGGCUUCCAAAUCCUCCAAAGCUUUCCCAAAGUGCUUACUGGGUUUUGCGGUUACCAUACAUCUAUCAAGGAGAUGAUGGACCAAUCCUACCACCUACCGAAGUCACUUCUAUGACGGCUUCAAUGUUUGGAUGUUUAUUAGCGGGAAUGUAUGGCGUUAGUGAAACUGAAACAGAGAGCUAGUUUUUCAAUUAUAUUUGGAUAGCUAUUGGAUCAGCGUCACAGUUAGUAAGGCAGGUGGAGCAAAUCUAAAAUGCAUGGAAUCUGCAUAUAUAAAAUGUGGGGUCUGGAGGAUAAUAUAAAUGAAAUUGGUUACAGGAUCUUACUAAAUCUCGAUCAAAAUGUGGGAUAAAACAACAGCAACGCCCGCUGAAACGCUGAAUUAUAAAUUAUCUGCAAACACUUCACAUCAUUCGCAUUUGAAAAUCAUAUUCACAUUCAAAUGAAAUAUUUGCUAUUAAUUUGAAAUAAAAAAAUAGAAAAAUGUUGAUACUCUCAUAAAUUAGAGUUUUUGUAAGUUUAGUGUUCAGUCGGACAUUCUACUUUUGUACAAUCUGUCUAUCAUUUCUGUAAUUUUCUUUCUUACCAAUUUCUUUUCUAUCUAGACACAAUCUUUGUAUUCUAUUCUUGUCCAAUGACACUGUUGAAUUAAAUAAACCGAGGGCUUGUCUCAUCAUCACAGUAAUGAAAUAAACAACUAAUAAA